UCGUUUCGUGACAGAGAGUUUCAACAACGUUUGUAAACAAUUUUGGGUUUUCUGCAUAAUCAGUCGUAUAAAGAUGCAAACGAAGGCAAUUCUCGAACGACUUCGGCAGUUUGACGCCUAUCCAAAAACUUUGGAGGAUUUCCGAAUUAAAACAUUCGGAGGGGCAGCAAUUACCAUAGUCAGUGGCCUCCUGAUGUUUGUUCUGUUUUUGUCGGAACUGAACUACUACCUGACCAAGGAUGUUCAACCGGAGUUAUUUGUGGAUAUAUCUCGGGGACAAAUCAAAAUGAAAAUCAACUUGAAUGUGACCUUCCAUAAAAUGCCCUGUGCUUAUUUGAGCAUUGACGCAAUGGACAUUUCGGGAGAAAACCAGAUAGACGUGGCACACAACUUAUUUAAACAGCGGCUAAACGAGAGAGGGGGACUGGUCGAAGAUAUGCCAGAGAAACAUGAAGAGCUUGGUGAUAAAUCAGAGGAAUUAGCAGAGGGUGUGAAGAAAGAGCUGGAUCCUAACAGAUGUGAGAGUUGUUACGGGGCUGAGACUGAUGAUGGAAAAUGCUGUAACACAUGUGAAGAAGUACGUGACCAGUAUCGUAAGAAAGGCUGGGCCUUUAAAGCUAACGAGAACAUCAUACAGUGUGAGCGCGAGGGCUGGGUGGACAAACUGCAGAAACAGAAGAACGAGGGCUGUAAUGUGUUUGGCUACAUUGAGGUGAAUAAGGUUGGUGGCAACUUCCACAUGGCUCCAGGGAAGAGUUUCCAGCAAAGUCACGUCCAUGUUCAUGAUCUGCAAGCAUUAGGCGGGGAAAAGUUUAAUACCAGCCACACCAUAUAUCACAUGUCGUUUGGAGAAGAAUAUCCCGGCAUUGUCAACCCAUUGGAUGGUCUUGAACAAAUAGAUGACAAUAAACAGACAAUGUUUCAGUACUUCAUCAAAGUCGUUCCCACAACGUAUACAGAUGACGGAGGAAAGACUGUCUUUUCGAACCAGUUCUCAGCAACUAAACAUUCCAAGGUGAUCGGCGCGAUGGGCGAGUCCGGUCUGCCUGGGCUGUUCGUCACGUACGAGUUAUCGCCCAUGAUGGUCAAAUACACGGAAAAGAGAAGGUCCUUCAUGCAUUUUUUGACGGGAGUAUGUGCAAUUAUAGGAGGAGUUUUCACGGUUGCGGGUUUGCUAGAUUCAGUGGUAUACCACUCUCACCGAGCCUUGCAGAAGAAAAUGGAUUUGGGAAAGGCCACAUGAUAGUUGUUCUUAAACUGUUAUUUAUUGCAAAAAAUCCUAGGAGCGGUUUUUACUUAGGAGAGAUUUUGAACUGCACCAUACUACUGUUGAAAAUAUCUCCUUUGUACAUCUAAGACGGUUCAAGUUAAUGAAAUGGCCCUCUUGGUUUAAGCCCGUCUGUUUUAAAAUAAUUUCAUGUAUUUUUUAUAGAUUUGGUGUCGUGUCGUCGUCGUUCAAACAUUUCACCAUGGUCUAAUCACCUCAAAAUCGUUCAAAAUAUUCUCAUGAAACUUUGUAUACAUGUUUCUAGUAACAAUACGCACAGUUACAUGUAGCAAAUUUCAUGUCUUUAGCUUUUUGAAAUUUGGUACAAAUAAUGGGAGGGCUAAUACGCAGUUGUGCAACCAGGCCCAUAACUUUGGCUUUAAAAUAAUCAUUUUAGGUCCCUUAAAGCUGCACUCUCACAGUUUGACCGUUUUGACAACUUCUUUAUUUUUUAUCUUGGAAUGAGUCUUUCAAUUCUGCGUAAAUGUCUUGACACUAGUGAUAUAAUACUGCUUACAAAAGAUAAUGUCCAAGUUUUAUAGCUAAAAGUGUUACUUAUGCUUUAAGAAAAAAGAGCUUUUCGGCAGUUUUCCAAACAGUUGAUAUCUAUUAUAUUGUGAGUUAUCUCAUAUUACUGAAUUGAAGGCAUUGAUACCAAAACUCAGUUGAUUCUGAAACAUGAAUUAAAAGAAAAGUCAAAAUCUGUGAGAGUGCCGCUGUAACCGUCUUAGAAAAACAGACGAGCGUUGUCACCUACUUUAGUAGCACUUAUUUCUAUGCGUCCGAGCUGGAAUUCAUACACAUACACAAUAAUAACUGAUUAAAUUGUAAGACUCUUGGGUAGAUAGUUGAUGCAUGUGUGAGUAGUUUGUACGGUUGGUGUCCGUUAGACCUUGGCCUUUAAAGCCGCACUCUCACAGAUUGAAUGUUUUGACAACUUUUUUUAUUUUUUUGUCUUGGAACGAGCAAUUUUUUUGCGUAAAUAUCUGCAAACUAGUGAUACAAGACUGCUGACAUAAUAUCAGUUCGCAGCUUUUCAUACUUCCAUCCCAUAAUUGAUGUUUUAUGCAUUUUUCUUAAACCGUUAAUAACAGUUUAAGCCAUAAAACAUUAAAUUUGUAAUGGAAAUAUGAAAAUCUGCGAUCUGAUCUUUUGUCAGCAGUCUUUCAUCACUGGUAAGCAGGUAUUUACGCAAAAAAACUUAUUCCAAGACACAAAAAUAAAAAGUUGGAAAAACGGUAAAUCUGUUAGAGUGCUGCACUCUCUUUUUAAAACAGGUCUCAGUUAAAAGUUUGGGUAUUGGGAUUGUCUUUUUUGUUUCCAUUAUUUCAUUGAUGGAUAUUUGAUGUUUAUGAUUUAGUUGUUCACUAUAACAUAUUUAAUCAGACUCAACUGUGUUCGGGUCCAAGUUUAUAUAUAUCUUUUUGUUUCUCUAUUUUAUAUGAUAGUAUUUCUUGUGAAAUACGUUUGUGCAACUUGAGCUAUUCAAAGUGGAUCAUUUUAUGAAUACAUGUAUUUCAUUUUGUUUUGACAAUGACAACAAGUAUUGUCAGAAUGCCAAUGUAUUGGAUACAAUAUUUUAUAAUGGACAAAACAGAACUUGGUGUUAGAAGUUAUAUAUUUAUAUAUUUACCAUAAACAUGCAUAUAAACUAACACUAGUAGUAAUGCAAUCCUCUAACCAAGUGAUCGGACUCCAGUGGAAAUCCAGUAGUUGUAUUAAUAUGUUAUGCAUAUUUGUUAACUUAACAGUUUGAAAUAAAAGAUGGAAAACUCAAUAAUGAAUUUACAUAUUAAAUUAGGACUUAUCUGUUCAAAGUCAAGGCGGAAAUGUAGGCUCAAACCCAUUCUCUGUUUUUAGCUCUACAUGUCAAUUGCUUGUGAACGCGACACAGUCUUCAGUUUUGAUACAAA